UUGAUUAUUCAUACAAAAUUUCAAACAAACAAAAAUGUCGACAAGCGAGCAGCAGCAGCAGCAGGAGAAGAGGGAGGAGAAGGCGGAGCUCCCCUUGGAGAGCAGCCCUUACGUUAAAUACUCCGACAUUGAAGAUUACAAGCAAAAUGCCUACGGUACACGGGGCCACCUCCCCGUAGCCGAAACACAGCGAGGCGCAGGGGCCACCGAUGCUCCGACUCUCUCCGGCAGCGGCCUCUCUGAAGGCCAGGUCGAUUUUCUUGACUCCAUGAAUCGCCAUGGCGCCGUUUAGAUUGACCAGUGGAGAAAGACAAUAAGAUAGGGCAAUAAUGUCUCUUACACCUAUCUUGCAUGUGUUCAAAGAUAGUUGGAGUGUGUUUGACUAAUUUGUUUUGUGUUAGUUUUGUAAUGUUCUUCUUUUUCGUUUUUUAUUUUUUUCAAUAAAGCCACUAACACAUUUGCAAUAU